CAAUAAUAAUUUUAUUACUCUCUGAGUGGAUUCAAUUGACAAUUUCAUCUUUUUUAUUUUUCUUGAUAUACGACUAUACGACUGAAUUGCGCAUUUCCUUACAAAACAAAAUCAAGAAAAAGUGGAUUAAAGUACGAUACCAAACUUCCACCGCUAUUACUUAUAGAAGUAAUGGGUAAUUCGUCUUCAAAAGCGGACAAUGUGGUUGGCAGUGAAAGUCCUGAUAGCCCUGAGGCUAUCCUGAGAGAAAUGGCCAAAUCUCAUAGCACAGCUAAUAUUAGUCCUUCAAUAACAUGUUCCAGUGCAUCCUCCGGUAUCAACUUGAAAUCCGAGAGUAAAUUAAGUCGAUCAGCAUCCGGCGCUGACGUAACUGAAAAAUAUUUAACGCAGCUAGUGCCUGUAGAAAAAUUAGCUGUGAUUCUCAAGGAAAAGUCAGUUAAACUAGGAGUUAACGGCAUCGCUAGUGACGUAUUUGUGACUCAAGUGUUUCCCCACUAUGCCGACUUAGGCAAACGGCUAUUUACUUUUUUGCAUUUAAACUCAAGGGCGACAACGACAUAUUUGGGUACAAUGGCUUUUCGACAACAAUGUGAACGUUUUUUAGGUAUUAUGGACGACGCUAAAGUUUUGGAAUGUUAUAUUAAAAUGUACGCGCAAGAAGAUAAUCCAGAUUUUAUAGAUAAAGAAGGAGUGACACGUUUACUACACAUAUGUUAUACAAUUGCCAUGCAGCAUUCUGGAAACGGUUUCGUUUGUUCCGAGAUAAACCGUACGUUCAGUUCAGUAACGAAAUCAAUUUUUUUCAGUCAAGAUAGCAUGAGUUUAGGUUACGUUUGCCGUUGGUUCGAACAGAAUCUGAUGCGUCUGGUCCUACUCAUUCAUAAGUAUUGUGUUCACACAUUAUCAACUGCAUACCGUGGCCUGGAGCAAGGACCCCCUCCAUGUGGGAUAGAAUUACAGACCCCUGUCCUAGAACAACGCAACCCCUUCACAGAAAAAUCUCCUAGCGGAAACGUAGUUGACGCAUCGUCGUCCUUAAUGCCUCUGUCGCAGGCGUGGCUGCUGGCUGGGGCUUUACCACCAUCAUAUUCAAGACCUCAACAAGUAACUUCUCCCAAUUCCAGUAAAGCUUCUGCCGCUCAAAUAUUUAAGGAAAAAUUAUCAAUGAUGCCUUCCCACUGGACUUUGCUUUACAAUUCCAAUGAACACGGCUUAGGAGCAAAUCGCUUUUUGCAUCAUGUCCUUGGAUAUAGAGGACCAACAUUAAUAUUAAUUCAUGCCGAAAAUGAUCAAACUUAUUUAGUUGCCGCCCCUGGAGAGUGGAAGGAAACCCACCUUUAUGUUGGCGGCGAUGGUAGCUGUAUUAUGCAACUGUUGCCUAAAUUUGUGAUAUUGGAAAGGAAACCUAAUAUAUUGUAUCUAAACACAUGCGUACGUGGAUAUCCCAAGGGUUUACGAGCCGGUUCUGAUCCUAGAAAACCUAUUAUUUCUAUUGAUGAACAUUUUGAAAAAAUUGACAUCAAAGGAAUUGCUCACGUCUUACUAUCAAUAGAGGUAUGGGGCUGUGGAGACAAAACAUCGCGUGAGGUGCAAUUAGAUAUUAAGAAAUGGCAGAUCAAGGAAGCCGAACGGCAACGCACUGUGAAGCUUACUGCGGCCGAUUGGAUGGAUCAUCCAGAUCGUUUCCUUCUCGAAUUAGGUGGACGACAAAAUUACAACAAUUAGCUAGUCUUCUUGUGAUAACAAAAUGGAUUGUAGCAGAAUGAAAGGUUUAACGGAAUUUUUAAGCUAUUUCACGCAUUUUGUUCAAUGUGUACUUCGUUGCUCGUGAAAGGGCUGUCAUCAACAGUUAUAAUUAAAAAAAAAUAUGAAUAAAAUUCAAAAAAGUUUAAUAUUCGGGUCUAAAAAAACCUUUAAGAAGUCCUAAGAUUACAAUUUAAAAGGCAGAAAGUCAUUAUAACUGCGCUCACUGUAGUGUAAUCUUAUCGGUCUUAAAGAAAUGAAAAUGAGAAAAAAACAUUUUUAUUUCUUAUGAUAUAAAUUUAUCUCUCCAGAAGCAAAAGAUAUUGAAUUAUAAUGUGAAUACGAAACAAGAGAUAGUCGUUUUUCUUUUUGCUUUUUCUUUCGUUUUUUGUCAAAUUCAAUCGUUAAACCUGUUUUAAAGUCGUUAGAACGUUUGUUUAUAUCCAUAAUUUAAAUUGGUACGGUGUAGAAAUUCGUUCAAGCGAAACGAUAUUUUGUCGAUUCAAUAAAAUAUCUUUACGAUCUUGAAAGGUUUCAUAUAAAAAAGCAAGUUAAAAUAUUGAAACAAGGCCACUUAACGAUAUCAAAUUAAAAGAACACUUUUUGUACAAAAAAUAUGAAUAAAUUAAAUAAAAAGC